AUGGCCUCCACUCGCUCACUCGGCCUCCACGAACCCGCGGCCGUUUCCUACUUGGUCGGAUUGACGGGUCCCGUGGACGACGAGCUAGUAUGGACGAAGCAUUGCGUGGUGUGGUCGCGCGCAGGGAUGGUAAAAAGAAUUUUCCGUAUGGACCCUGAAAAAGAGGAGAUUCGCUUUGCUCUGUUUACGCAAUUUGCGGUGGACAUCUCCAAAAGCCCUGUGGGAACUAUGCCUCAAACUCGCAAACAUACGACCAAUGCACCGACUGGCCAGGGCAGACGACAUGGGAAAGACACGCUCAGUUCUGGUCUUGGAUCAUCAUUGGAUUUGCUCGGAGAUGACAAAGUCGCUGUCAUUGCGCCGCAGCAACAAACCGGCCCUCUAGCGAGAGCUUUAGUGGUCGUCCUCAAGUCGCAAGCCCAUGUAUUCUUCGUUGCGGGAAACAGCCAUACAGUUCCAUUACCGUUCGAGACAGAAUCGGUGUUUCCCACGCCUCGUGGGCUGUUGUUCCAGAGGAAAAUGUUAGACGAGCAGCCCACUGGACGCGCGAAUCAAACAGCACCCCCAAAUUCGUUCAUGACAGCGGCCUUAUUUGACCCGGAUGCUUCACAAUCAAGCCUUUCACCCAUUGCUAGCAAACUGGGCAAAGGGUCACUCAAAAUACCAUCGACCAAAGGCACUACCUGGGCACCGAAUCCUUCUUCUAACUCUGAUCUCCCUCGGGUGUUUUCCCUUAUCGAUCCCCAUUCAGAGAUGGGCCUGGUCGUCACGUCGCAGUCUUCUCGCUGGCUGCAGAACAGUGUCGGAAGCUCCAACAAGCGCCGGCCUUCCGGGCUUGAUGUUCUGGACCAAGCGGAUAAGAUUGUUUACAUUUCACCCAAGGACGAACUCUCAAGCCCUGGCCAAGCAUCGUCAGCCUCACUGAUAUUAGUGGUUACUAUGAACUCGGUAACUGGGCUUUACACGGUAUGGUCAGCUCAAUACAAGGAAGGCGAAUCCGGAAAGGAUGCAAAAGAGAAAACUCGCAGACAAACCGAGGGUGCUCGAUCCAAUCGAAGGAGUUCCCAUUUUGGUAUGACACCUGGCGCAGCCACCCCGGCUCCUCGUCCGCGCGAAAGCUUUGGACCUUGGACAGAAAACAGAAAUACCUCCCAACCCAAUUCAUCCAAGAAGGACGGCGAAGAAGAUCUGGCCUCGAGAGUGGCGGGGGAUUUUGGCGACGUUGGAGUGCCAUUGAAAACCUCGCGACGCGUCAGUUCUUUGCUAGCACGAACAGAUCUUGCCACAAGCCAAGACCGCAUCACGUUCACGGAUCUCGCUACUGGUAGCCAAUCUAACGCCAUGCAUCAUGGGGGACCGCGGCAGUCCUUGGGGGCUAGCCUUCGUGGGAGUUUCGGGUUUAACCCCCGUGCAUCUCUGCCUCCUGCAGUAGGGUCUGUCUACAGCACUGUAGGAAGCUUUGCAGAGGCUCCAGUUGACAGGCUCCUUGAGGAGUUGAACAAUGAUGUUCUAUCUGCUGGAUUUGAGAACAUAGCCCUCCGGGAAUCUGCAUCGGGUCUAUCAGAAGAAAUUCUUCUUACAAAGGUCGAAAGUUUCUCCUCUCGGUUCUCAGGGAGCUUCAGCUCUUCUACCCAGCAGGCAUUCUUACGGAAUCUGAAAGUUUCUACACUGUCUCCCGUCGAUUUCGGAGACCGUCAGAACGGCAAGAACAGUUCCGUGGCGAUCUGUAUCGUGGACAAGGAUUCGCGAAAUAUGACCAUUGUGAACCUGAAAACAGAAAGGGUUGCGGUGUCAAAGAAUCAAAAGGGGGCUCCGUCGAGAUCAAAGAAAGCCCAAGGAUCAGACAAAUGGACACUGCUUGUUCAUGCUGCGGGCAUCCAACAUAUUUCUAACGUGUGGGACGCUGCCCGGAUCACUGACGGGGAGAUUUCGCGAAUUCUAACCUUGAGUGGGUCCGAGACUGGUCCUCACGAGCUGUCUUUACAGACUCCUUGGGGAAGCUCGACCAAGAUUGAGAUACCAGUGCCGUUGCAGUUGUAUGAGCCUCAUAGUAUAUCUCCAAGCAGACUUAUAAGUCGUCCGCGUGAAAGCGGCGUUAAUCGGGUCAUGGCUGAUCCUGAUCUUGUUUUCGUCGCUUUGGAUCAUAGCUGUUCGAGGGGAAAGAUCGACCUGAUAGAUACAGAGAAGCAACGACACAGAGUGCAAAUACGAAUGGAGCCUCGAAAUGACCUGGUGAAGAAGGUCUUCAAAGUCUGCCAGUUCAUUCUUCGCGAUUUUGAGAAGGCUGGCGAUGGGAUUAUCGUGGCAUGGUGGGAAGUGAUGAAAUGGCUCCGAGGUAAAGAGGAGAUCGAGAAUGAACCGGAGUGGACUGCUCUAGUCGUGGUAUUAUUUGCUCUUGCAGUUCCAUUCAUCCCACCAUCACCCCCCGAAACGCCAGCAAAGAGGACGCGUCGAAAGAAGGGACUUCUCCGCUCAAGUAGCGGCACUUAUGUGGAUCUAGAAAGCUGGGAAGCUAUGCUUGACUUGGAGACCAGCUCUGCAGGUGUUGUCGCCCCUUGGAUGAAGAGCAGCUCUUGGGGUUGGAUUGUUGAGCAAGACGCAGUAGAAGACCUGGCAGCUCGCGAUGCAUCCCGAACCCCCAAGAACGACCAGCCUAAUGCAAAUCGAUCUACUUAUCGCCACAAUUCUUACAUCCUCCGAUGUGCAUCUCUUAGCCGAGAAUAUCUGAGAAGCCCUAGUGGCCAGAGAGCUUCUGGACAGGAUGGUUUCCUGCCCAUAUCAGGCGCAUUUCCCGAAACAACCAGAUGCACAGCCCUAGGGACCAUCAUUGUUGGUCUCCAUCUUCUCCGGGAAGAGCAGAAGCUCUCGAACUGCGACACUGAAGAAUCUCGCCAGUCUUUAGGGAUGCUUGCUCCGAUUCUUGCACAAUUAGGCGGCUGGCUAGGAUGGAAAUCCUGGGGUUGGAAGGAAGACUCUUACUUCGGUUCCGAGAUGGCUAGCAUCGAUCGCUGGCAAUUCGAAGACACGCGAAUUUCCCUUCUGAACGUGCCUGCUGAACCCUUCGCGCCUCCAUCCAUAUUUGUCCACCUCAUCAACGCCUCCCGACAAACAACAAACAUGUUCUUGACUUUGCUCGACACUGUCGCUGUGUCCGACCGAGCUCCCAGAAAGGGUCGUAUGUGGCAAAGAUGCUUCAAUUUGACCCCUCGUACAAUGGCUUUGAACGGCUUUUUUACCGAAGCUCACCGAGUCUCGACACCUCUGGAAAAGAUCAAGCUCUUGCAUCGAUGGGGGUUGACUAAAAGCAUCAUCGAUACCUUUCCAGAAGGUGUAAGUGCUCCGCUGUACGAGACAAUAAUGCAAUGCCAAACAACGGCUUCGACGUCUUGGAACUCAGCUCUUCUUGAGUUGAUUGAUCGUGAGGAUCUGUACCUGUCAAUGAAUCCGGCUCACAGCCACACGUUUGCGACACCCCAACAGUCAGUUGUUUCUCAUGAUGCUAUACGAGACUUUCAUCAUAUCAGCACUUCUUCUCUGGAUAUCGACAACGUUAAUGCAUUUGAGAUCUCUGCCGAGGCUGACCGUUUCUCUGUGACAAAACUGGUCUUCCGUGAGGACAAACGGUUCCUGGAGGCAGCUCGCAUACUAAACCAAUCAAAAGCGCCAGUAGCGGACUGUACUCCUGAACCUGACUGGACAGAUUCUCAGCUCCUCGAGGCACAGAAGGAUCUUGUCCAGCUGGUUUCAUUCCGAACUUUGUCUACACCUGCAGGCCGUGGUAUGCUCUCUUUCAGUGGUCGGCUACCGCUGCUCACAGAAAAGCUUCCGAUUCCCUCCUUCUCACUGCAGUGUGUUAUGAAGCCGUCCAAUGUCACAGUCAGCGCAGAGAGAUCCGCAUUUACUGAAGAAAAGGUCUGCUGGGCUUUUUUUCACAAUGGUGUGUCCACCGGUCUAGCAAUCUCAAAGGCCUCCAAAGGCAUCGAUACUUCAUGGAUACUGUUCAACAAGCCGCAGGAACUCACUAAUCGCCACGCCGGAUUCUUGUUAGCACUUGGUCUCAAUGGUCAUCUCAAGUUAUUGGCCAAGUGGGUAGCCUUCAAAUAUUUGACGCCCAAACAUACCAUGACCUCGAUUGGCCUUUUGCUUGGACUUUCAGCAUCAUAUAUCGGUACAAUGGACACGCUGAUCACUCGAUUGCUGUCUGUUCAUGUCACCAGAAUGCUCCCGCUUGGAGCAGCAGAACUUAACCUUUCUCCCCUCACCCAAACUGCUGGUAUAAUGGGUAUCGGGUUGCUGUAUUGCGGCUCCCAGCAUCGGCGGAUGAGUGAGGUCAUGCUCUCCGAAAUCGAAAACAUCGAACAAGACGAGCAGUCGGUUUCUCAAGAAGAGCUACGUGACGAAGGAUACCGUCUUGCUGCCGGCUUUGCACUGGGUCUCAUUAACCUUGGCAAGGGCAAGGAUUUGCGAGGAAUGCGUGAUAUGCACAUCGUUGAACGAUUAUUGGCAAUCGCUGUUGGGACAAAGCAGGUCGAUCUUUCACACAUACUCGAUCGUGCGACGGCGGGAGCGACCAUUGCCCUGGCAGUUAUAUUCAUGAAAACCAAUGACGAGGUCUUGGCUAAGAAGAUUGACAUUCCUGACACAAGUGUGCGCUUUGACUAUGUGCGACCUGAUCUCUUCCUUCUACGAACCCUCGCCAGGCAUUUGAUCAUGUGGGACGGCAUCAAGCCCUCUUUCGAUUGGAUCAAUGCAAGCUUGCCUAAGAUAUACCGGCAGCGGUCUCGUCUGACAGGAAUGAACAAGCUGCGAAGUGAUGAUAUGCCAUUCUUCAACAUAAUCGGGGGUCUAUGUCUUGCUAUCGGCCUCCGCUACGCAGGCUCUGGCGAUAUUCCAGCACGGGACAUCUUGCUGUUUUACCUGGACCAGUUCAUUCGCAUAUGUCGGCUCCCAGCACUCAACUAUGAUGCUAAGCUAGCUCGAAACUCGGUACGCAAUUGUCAGGACGUCUUGUCCUUGUCCGCCGCGGCUGUUAUGGCCGGCACAGGCGACUUAGCUCUAUUCCGGCGCCUGCGUUCUCUUCAUGGCAGAGUGGACCCCGAUACUCCGUAUGGUAGCCAUAUGGCAUCCCAUAUGGCUGUUGGCAUGCUAUUUUUGGGUGGAGGCAGCUACACCUUAGGCACGUCUGACCUUGCAGUAGCCUCAUUGCUAUGUGCAUUCUAUCCUAUUUUCCCCACAACUGUGUUGGACAAUAAAUGUCAUCUGCAAGCCUUCCGCCACUUCUGGGUUCUUGCCGCGGAGCCUCGCUGUCUCAUUCCUCGUGACAUUGACACUCGCCGUCCGAUCUCUCUCCCGAUAGUCAUCACUUCCCGCAAUGGCACCAAGAAUACUACCACUGCCCCUUGUUUAUUGCCUGAUCCGUGUGAGAUUACACGCAUCGAAGUUCGUGGUCCAGACCACUGGCCUCUCGUCCUAGACUUCAGCCAAGACAACGCUCUGCGAGACAAAUUCCGCCAUGGUGACCCCUCCGUCUACCUCCGCCGCAAAGCCACAUACAGUCCGUUGGGUGCUUCGACCUCUGUUUUUGCUUCCACACUCACAGGUCUCAGUGAAGCGCAGGACAUCCUCCCGGCAGGCACAGCCGCUUCAUCCUCCAACCCAGCCAAGGGUCUCCCACCAUCCGCCCUCGCCAACGGAACUGAUCUUCUCCCCCGCUCUCUAUCUGCUGUCACCACACCGUCUCAAAGUCCCUGGGAUUGGGUUUUUCAACUCCCUUCCCUCCGGGAUCUCGAUAUCCGCGAGCGCUCUCUCGUCCUCCCCUCUUCGUUCCCGAUUCCAUCGCCGCGCAUCUCUACAGCACUCACCCAUUCGCCCCCAUGGCUACGGAGCUCAGCCGUCGAUGCCCGCCUCGAUCUCUCCCACACGAUUCAGAGUAUCAUUAGAUCCUCUCGGGGCCGUGGGGCCGAUGAGGACGAAGUCCGCGAUCGUAUAUGGCAGCUUCGUAUGCUAUUUGACUGGCUGGAUCGGUCUCAAUCUGCCGAGAACGAGCUGGCAGGCUCGCAAGAAAUGCGCAUAUUGCCCUCUGGACUGUGGUUACGCAGAGACUUUAUUGAGGAAGCCAGGUGGAAGAUUUGGGGCGUGCAAAUUGAGGAUCAAGCUCUUGGUGACGGUGCGGCGACUGGUGGCGACUGA